GUCCUGGCCACGACGCGCCGGCGCCUAUAAGAGGCAGAGCUCCGCAGCCAGAGCCUAUUGUUAGCCGGAGCCGGGGCGGUUCUGGGCUGUGCUGCCCGGGGUGCCCGAGUGCAGAGCCGCCCGCCCCCCGCCGCCUGCCGGCCGGCCCACACACCCUACAGCCCGGGGAGCUACGCGACGGGCCCGGGGACCGGCGCGCCUCGGUCUUCUCUCAGUGCACACGGGCUGACGCGGCAGCGGGGGUGGCGGAGACCCUGACGGGAGAGGCGUCCGCGGCGGGGCCGAAUCUUAAUGCUCCUGGCUAACUGGUGGUGAGCAGCUUUGGGGCCAUCGUGGUUGACUCCCCAAGCAAACCAUUUGAAUCCAAUGGAUGCAUUCUCAGGCUCAGGGCUCAAGAGGAAAUUUGAUGAUGUGGAUGUGGGCUCAUCAGUCUCCAACUCGGAUGAUGAGGUCUCCAGCAGUGACAGCGCUGACAGCUGUGACAGCCUCAACCCUCCUACAACCGCCAGCUUCACACCCACAUCCAUCCUGAAGCGGCAGAAGCAGCUGCGGAGGAAGAAUGUCCGCUUUGACCAGGUGACUGUAUACUACUUUGCCCGGCGCCAGGGCUUCACAAGUGUGCCCAGCCAGGGUGGAAGUUCCUUGGGAAUGGCCCAGCGCCAUAAUUCUGUUCGCAGCUACACCCUUUGUGAAUUCGCACAAGAACAAGAAGUGAACCAUAGAGAGAUUCUUCGUGAGCACCUGAAGGAGGAGAAACUUCAUGCCAAGAAAAUGAAGCUGACCAAGAAUGGGACAGUGGAGUCAGUGGAGGCGGAUGGCUUGACUCUGGAUGACGUCUCAGACGAAGACAUCGAUGUGGAAAACGUGGAGGUGGAUGACUACUUCUUCCUCCAGCCCCUGCCCACCAAGAGGCGGCGGGCCCUGCUGAGAGCAUCCGGGGUCCACCGGAUUGAUGCCGAAGAGAAGCAAGAACUUAGAGCCAUCCGCCUAUCUCGGGAAGAAUGUGGUUGUGACUGUCGGCUCUACUGUGACCCAGAAGCAUGUGCCUGUAGCCAGGCUGGAAUUAAGUGCCAGGUGGAUCGGAUGUCCUUUCCUUGUGGCUGCUCCAGGGAUGGCUGCGGAAACAUGGCGGGGCGAAUUGAGUUUAAUCCGAUCCGAGUGCGGACUCACUACCUCCACACCAUCAUGAAGCUGGAGCUCGAGAGCAAGCGACAGGGGAGUCGCCCAGCAGCCCCUGAGGAUGAGCUCCUGCCCACUACUGGCUGCAGCCUGCCAGGAGCCCAGAGUUCUGAGACACAGGACUUCCAGGAGUUCAUCGCCGAGAACGAGACUGCAGUGAUGCACCUGCAGAGCGCGGAGGAGCUGGAGCGGCUCAAGGCAGAGGAGGACUCGAGCGGCUCCAAUGCUAGCCUGGACUCCAGCAUGGAGAGCCUGGGGGUGUGCAUCCUGGAAGAGCCCCUGGCUGUUCCCCAAGAGCUGUGUCCAGGCCUGGCCACCCCCAUUCUCAUCCAGGCUCAGCUGCCCCCAGGUUCCUCCGUCCUGUGUUUUACCGAGAACUCAGAGCACCCCGCUGCCCCCCCGGUGAGCAACCCAUCCUACUUGAACAGUGGGCCUCUGGUCUACUACCAGGUGGAGCAGAGGCCAGUCUUGGGAGUGAAGGGAGAGUCUGGGUCAGAAGAUGACACAGCCUCCUUCCCUAAGGAGAAAGAUCUGAGCGUGUUCUCCCUCCCCGUUACCUCGCUGGUGGCUCGCAACUCCUCAGACUCAGCUGCCCCCUGUAAACCAGAGGUGGGGAAAACACCCGCUCUCGACCAACAGCUGCCCUAUGACUGUAACCCUAAGCAGCCUGAGAAUGAAGGCUUCCACCCGCCUUGGUCUCCCUCAAGCCUACCCUUCCGAACGGACAAUGGAGAAGGCUGUGGAGUGCAGAACUCCCAGCAGAGCGAGGAUCGGACCCCUGAAGACUCUGCCCUAGAGCUCCCUCUGGCAGUGUGACCUGAGGUAGACACUGCCCGUUCUCUAUUUAUUAUCUAACACCAUUUCAAAACAGGACUGCUGCUCCAAGGUUAUUUUAUUGAAACUCUUAGGAAAAUGGGUAGGAAAGGGUA